CAUUGCUUAGUUGGACAGUAAAACAGUAGACCUUCCACAAUAUAUCUGUCCACAUAUAAUCACUGAGACAUAGAGGCCAUUUGGAGCUGAACAUAGUUGAGCUCUCCAUAGAUGCAGAGUUAGGUUUUCCAAGCCAGAAUGGGAUCUCUUGAAAAUGACAUAAAUCAAGAUUUUCAGGAUGCCAUAGAUGUAAUUCAGCAUCACUCGCAGAUGCAAUAUUAUGACACAGAAAACAAAUACUAUGAGAAUUUGGAAAGUCAACAGUCCUCUGUAAGACACGCUAUCUCAUACUAUCAGUUCACACCUCAUUUUGAGCCUCCAGGACCGAUGUACGACUGGAACGAAUCCUCAUCAUGGUCUCACAUUGUGCCAGAUGUGUCUCUGGGGCCAUUGUGUUCCGCUGAGCCUUCAGUGUUUUAUUCAAAUUUAACACAGCGCCAUGGAAAAGGUCGUAAGAAGUUACGCUUAUAUGAAUAUCUGCAUGAGGCCCUUCACGACGACAACAUGGGCGACUCCAUUCAGUGGAUGGACCGAGGGAGUGGCAUCUUCCAUUUCAUCUCAAAAAAUAAAGAGAAACUGGCUGAAUGCUGGGGUCAACGCAAGGGCAACCGCAAGACCAUGACCUACCAGAAAAUGGCACGCGCUCUCCGCAACUACAGCCGUACGGGUGAGAUUGUGAAAGUGCGUCGCAAGCUCACCUAUCAGUUUAACCCAGCUAUACUGCAGCGACUGAGCUCACUGUCAGGCUACAGCUCAGGCCCUUCUUCCAGAGACAUGGCCCUUCAAAUGCAAGGCUCUGCUGAUCACGUCUACUACAGCACUCCUCUACAGGACUGUCAUUACUGGUGCGGCCAAUACUCUCACCAGUGUGAGUACGAUCUUGCUACUGUACUGACAACGCAUGAGGACACUAAAAUAGGCGUUUCAGCUCAGUGAACUGGCAAAAAGAGCCAAUCCCCGUCUUUCCAUGAAUUAUAAAUGUUCAGUCUUUC